AUGUAUCGAAAGGUACAUAUAACGAAAGAGUACCUCCAGCUGGAACCAAUAGGAUUGGUGUUUGUGUUUUUCUUCGCAUUGAUUUUGGUGAUUCAAUUCGUCGCUAUGUUGUUCCAUCGAUUUGGAACAUUAGCCCAUAUCUUAGCGUCGACUGAACUAAACUGGUCCUGUACAAAGAAGAAGGAAGAGAUGUCUCCAAAUGCUCUAUUAGAUAAACAGGCUGUUGAAAUCGUGAAGCAACUACAGAAGCUACAGGGUAUCGAUGGAGAUUACGACAACGACUCAGGAAAUCUGGGCCAGACAGGAUAG